CUGCCCCGUUAAACAACAGAGUAUUGGCGCAUCAGUAAUAGGCGACCCAGCAAAACCGAGACGGCAAGAAGAGCACCGAUUCUAGCACAGCCACGGUUCUACGGCACCGCGCUGCCCUCGCCGCCAGCUGAUGGCAGGUCGACCGCGGUAGUGCAAUGGGCCUUCUCAGCUUUAUCUCCAAGAAAACGGUCAACAGAGGAAAGGCUGGAGCCUCCGUCGUGAGCGCCCAGCCCCUCGAGUCCGCCUCGUCCCAAACCCCCCACCCGCAAGAUGAAAGUGCCGUAGUGGCCGACGAUUCAAGGAUGGAGGGCUCUCCCUCGGGUGUGCGGGCGGGUUCCAACCAGUCAGAGCUCUCUCUCGGCGCCGCCGCCGCCGAGGACGAGCAGCCAGCUCCCACUCCCAAUGUGCCCCGCCUCCGAGAAGAGGACACCGGAGGACUUGGUGCGGCUGAGAAUGACCGUCACUCCCGCGUCUCCCUUUCAAAAGGGAUGUCCCGGGCGAAAGGGUCUGGUCGGGGAAGGCCGCCUCCACUCUCCUUUCGCAUCACAAAGACCGACGGCGUGCCAACGUCUCGUCCAAGCUCUCGAGGCUCCAUGGGCACCGUCAAAGGCCCUGUCAACCGCAAUUCCGGACGCGUACGUGCCGAGUCCCUCAGGACCAACAAUAGCAGUGCGUUCAAGGACCUCCUCGACGCUCAGUCCGAGAUCAAGCCGGCCGACUUCAGGGAGAGGGUAACUGCUGCCGGCGCAAGGGACUAUGGCGAAGACGUUGCCGACAGAAACUUGGGCCAAAAUGGCUUCGAUCUUAGCUCGGAGCAUGUGAGAGCCUUUUACGCCCAGAUGAGAAGAGCCGAAUCACAGCACGCGGGGCAUCUCACCGGCACCAAAAAGCUGGACCCGUAUAAGGCGGGAGUCCGAAGGAUAUCGCCUUGCGCAAGCCAGCCUUCGUUGUCAAGGGACGCUUAUGGAAGCACUUCAUCCUCGAACUCGAGGUCUUCGCGCAAAGAGGAUUCCGCACGCCGCCGCUCGGUCAGCACCUACAUGCCAUUAUCCUUGGGAAAAGUGAAGAGUUUGCCGUUCGAUCGGAAGCAUGAGCACCUCGGCGCCCUCCUCUCACCACGUACUCCCGUUCCAGAGGACGAGAGCUUGGACUUUGGCUUCUCUGCUCCGAGGUUGAAUACUCCAGUCGUACCUCAGAUUCCGGAUACGGCGCCAUCACCGACGAUCCGCACCGCGAGGCGGCCGCGCGAUUCCGUCGAACUCGCCAAGCGGAGAGCAGAGGCGCCGGUGCCAGAGGACGGCGAUGCUGAUGAUUCGCCGACAGGCAACUUUGCCCUCUGGUCAGCCGCUCGGCCUCGUCGCUCCUCGGCGAUCCUUUCGGCGUCUUCCCCCUCAAAAAAGUAUCACAGUCUCCAUACCCUGCACUCCUCCGCGUUGUCGACGGUGAGUCGGGAAACGCUACGCAGCCCAGCAUCGUUUCCGCUGGAAGCGGCGUCCAAGAACUUGACUCAUAUUGCCACGGAGAUCCCUGUUCAAAAAACAUCUGUUCGUCCCGAAGUCAAUGACGACCAGAAAGCCACCGCCUCGCCAACAUUUCGAGCGCGAACGAUCCCCGAAGAUGAUAGAGCGCAUCCUUUGCGAAAACCCCACUUGCUUGCCUCCAAGGAAGAAUCUCGGGCCGCCGACAUUACCCUCCCGGACGACGAUAUUCUGGACUAUGCCCCACCCAUCCGCACCGAUAACAUACGCAAGUGGUCCGCCUCAUCAGGCACACCCACAGCCUGCGAGAGCAGCACCGCCGCUAGCAUAGUGACCAGCACCUUCAACCGCCCCCCUUCCCUCCACACGGCCGAUACCUCGGUCGACCUCAGCAUCGGUACCAUCUCUCCGCCGUUGAAACCUACAAAACCCCAGUCCGCCACCCACGACUCGGAUUCUGACGUCGAGCCUUAUUACAACCCGGAUCUUGAGGACAAAGUUCACAACACGGUCCUGCCCGCACCCAGGAAGGGACCGCCAGAAGCGACCGAAACCGCGUCAGACACAUUCAACAUAGAUGACUACGUCUCCUCUGACGCCGAGUCUUUGAUGAGAGCUCCAACAUCAACAACGACGACGGCAGGAACGACUUCCAGUCGCCAACCGACAGCAGAGGGCGAGGAGGAACUGCUAUUUAAGGAUAAUCUGGGGUUUGGACCCGGCGGGAUGCAGCUGCCAGGCCUGGCGGAUCCCCUUCCCUCGUCGCCUGCGCCAAGGUCGCCGCUGGAGCCCGUGAAUGACGUACAUGAGAGCCAGAAGGAGUUUGGUAUUGGUGAGGGCGGGAGAAGAUGGGACCGAUACAAGUGUCGGGGCAGCGGCAGCGGUGGCGCGACCGUUUCCGCACCCUAUGGUGCGUAUAGUUUCGUUCAUGAUACGCCGGGGUGGGGGGAGGAUUAUCCUGUGAGGAGGAGCGCAAAACGGGUUGAGGGAGGCAGAAGGCGAGAAAUCAGGAGGUUGUCCGCUCUCGGUCAUGUUGGGACUUAUGACGGCUCUGCGUCUGAGUAUAGGGGUGGUGGUAAUGGCGGGUAUGGUGAUAAGCGACGCGAAAGAGGGGGGAUGGAGGCCGCAGACGACCACGACGACGGUUAUGAUGCGGAUUACAUUGACGAGGAUGAAGAACUGUCGCGGCGGCAACUGCAAAGAGCAAAGCAGACAAGGAGGCAACGAUUGGAAGGUUGCGAGAAGGAAUCCAGGACCCGAAAUCAUCACCAAGGGGGGGAAAACCAACCUGAACAACAACAACAACAACAUGACGAGGGAUUGGAGACCCAGAUUAAGAUAACAAACGCCGUAAGGCUAAGGAAGCAAGCCAGGAGGGCGAGAAUGCUGUCCGGGCAGCCUUCGGCGGCCAUGUUGCGGCGCAAGGGGCCCACGAGCCAGGGGUCGGGGAAGAGACUGUCGGUGCCCGUUUUGGAGGUUGAAGGGGAAGAGUAAGAGGACGAAAUGGCUGGCGACGCUCUUUGGUAUUUUCUUUGUGUGUAAC